AUGGGAAGCAUUGUUGAUGCUUGGUGGCAUGAUGGAUGGUGGGAAGGCAUUGUGGUGAAGAAAAAAUUGGAGGAUGAGCUACAUGUUUAUUUCCCAGGGGAAAAACGAGAGAUGAUCUUCAGUCGAGAUGACUUAAGGCAUUCACAAGAAUGGAUUGAAAAUGAUUGGAAAGAUAUCAAGGCCAAGCCAAAGGUCCUCCCAUUAUUAUCUGGGCUCAGAAGAAAGCAACGUGUUGAAAUAGCCUCUGAUAUUAAUCCUAAUGCCGCUCCAUACAUCAAUAGAGAUCUUGUUGAUACAAUUCAUAGAGAAGCAUUGACUAUAAAUAACCUAGUCGGAUGUGAUGUCUCUAUGUUUUGCAGUGAUGAUGAGAAGAAGCCAAAUAAGGUGGCAAGGGACCUCUCAAACAAUGGUUUGCUUACUCAGUUAAGGUGGAUGUCUUAUGGAAAGAGAAGACGCGGUAGGAAGCCCCUUCACAAAGCCUAUUAUGGUGUUAAUAGAAGUGGUAAGUACUCGGCAAUGGGGACUUUAAAGAAAUUCUUUGCCCCAUCAUCCUUGAAAGUAGAUCCAGAAAAUUGUAAAUAUGCCAAAGAUGUUCUUUUUAGUUCGUCUGUUGCAUCUCCAGUGACAAGCUUGGUUAUGUCUAGGUGA